AUGCAAAAAGAGGAAACGUUGUUUUAUGCUUUUCUUCUUUUAAUCCCCAUCGUAGGCACUUGGAUAUAUUUAAAAAUUGUGGAAAUUAAAAAAAAAAAAAAAAGUGACUAUUUUGGCGAGGAUGACAUAGCAAGUACACAAGGGGAAGACCAAAACGAGUGUUGUCAUUCCGUGCCUGGUCAACAUAAAAAUCUUUCCAGAAGAAAGAUCAUCAGCAUGGAGGACACUGCGUCUUUUUGUGUUAAUUCACAAGUCAACAAUUUGAAUGCUACUUCACGGGGCGAUGAAAUGGAAGCUCGGAGCGUCGAAGGUGUAGGGAAGGACGCCGUUUCGGGAGGAUCCGCGGGGAAAGAUGCGGGGGAUAAUUUAUCCAGUGGAGAGUCCAAAAAGGAGCCGGAAGCGCUCACCGAACGGUGCGGCGGGGGAAGUACGGCGGAUAAAUGUCAGAUGGAAGGAGCCCAAACGAAGGAGGGAUCCCUCGAGCGAAUUUGUCAGUAUAGCGAAAAGGACAAGUCCGAAGUGGGAGCCGCAUCGGAGGGAAAGAAGGGCCUCGGGAGGGGUAGCGAAAGCACCAUGGAAAGCCUCCCAGGCAUCAGUUAUGUGAAAGCCCAGACGGGGGACCCAGCACAUGAUAAUGAUAAAGUAAGCGCCAACGACAACGACAAAAAAGAAAGUGGCCACUUAGACAGCCAAGAAAAACAUAAUGCCACAUAUGCGAAGCAGCCACAUAACACGACAAAGAGAGAGGACAUAAACGAAGAACUGAAUAAGGAAGACAUGAAUGGUCAUGUGAGGAAUUACUACAGUGACAAUUAUAUAAGUAAGGAUGAUUAUGAGAAUACCAGUUCGCACCUGAGUUCGUCGGUGGAGGAUGAUGACUCGGAGGAAAUGAGCUCCAACGAGGGCGACUCUGAUAGGAGUGAGGACUCCUCCGCCGAUAAGAGGAGUUCGUCUGUCUUCAGUGAGGACUAUGACGAGGAGGAAGACGAGGAUGUUGAAGACGACGAAUAUAGUAACGAUGGCGAUGAUGAGGAGGAUGAAGAUGGCAAGUGCGCGAAAGACCAGGACGGAGGAGGUGGGCAGAACAUAGAAGAGAUGAAGUACCAAGGAAAUGAGUUAUUCAAAAAGGGGGACUACAAGGAGGCCAUCUUUUACUACAAUAAGGCUUUAAAAAAAUGCAAGGAUAAAAGUACCAAGUCGAUUCUGUACUCCAAUAGGGCAGCUUGCUAUUCACAUUUAGCGAACUGGAAUCAGGUGGUCGAAGACUGCAAUAAGUCCAUCAACUAUAAUGAGAGUUUUGUGAAGUCCUACAUACGCAGGAGUAAUGCAUAUGAGCAGCUGGAAAAAUAUAAUGACGCGUCGAACGACUUGAAUAAAGCCAUAUCUCUCGAUUCGUCCUUGCUGGCAAACUACGAAAUGAAACAGAAGAAAUUAAAGUACCUGGCUGAACAGCAAUUAAAUAAAGAAAAGGAAGAAAUGGUGGGCAAAUUAAAAGACUUUGGUAAUUUGCUGCUAGGGAAAGUGGGAUUGUCACUUGAUAAUUUUGAAGUGCAAAAAAAUCCAAACAAUGAUGGUUCUUUUAACAUUCAAUUUAAGCAAAAUAAGUAA